AUGGCUUCAGCAGCAGUACCAGCAGCAGUGUCAAAAAAAAUCGUUUGGAGUUGGCAGUCAAAUUCCGAUCCAUGGAAUGAAGACGUAAAAGAAGAAUGGCAGCGUUAUCCAGAUUUAACAAAUGAAUUUAUUGAAAAAACAUAUCAAAACCAAGAGAACGAAGUUAAUCUAAGAGAUUAUGUUAUUGAUUUUAGAAGUAUGGUACAGAUAAGUAGGACAGAUUCAUACAAACAAAGACCGAUUCAACGCGAGGAAGUUGACAUUAGCCGACAUUUAAGAGAAGAAAGAUUUUCGUUUGCUGAAUAUCCCAGACCUGCUGCAAAAUACUUUGGUCAAGGCCGAGGCAAUAACAAAUUUAUAAAUACGUGGCUGUCGAAAUAUCCUGGAGUGAAAGAUGAUGAGCGGCUGGUUGUGAAGCAAGCUGCUAAAGGUAUCGAAGUAGAAGGUGAAUCUUGCGGCGAAGGAUUUGAAGCUAAAAUUAUGUCUGAUCAGCUAAUGGAAGUUCAAAAUAAUUUUGAUGAUAAAAUCAAAGCUGCAGAUAAUGAUAAAGAUAGAACAUCAAUUAAACACAGGUUUAUAGAAGAAAUUUCUAAAUGUUGUUUGCAAUUUUAUACAGCUGAAUCAUUUCUUUAUAAAUUAAUGAAUAAAACUCUUAGAAAUGAAGAUAUGAGUAAAAUUGAUACAUUAGGU